CCUAAAAAUACUUAUGAAAAAAUUCAGGGAAUUGAAAAAGACAGGUGAUGGAACAUUUGGUGUAGUAAUAAAAGCUGAAGACACUUUAACCCAUGAUUUAGUUGCAAUCAAAAAGAUGAAAUAAAAGUAUCACAAUUUCGAUGAAUGCACCAAUUUGAAAGAAGUUAAAGCUUUAUUAAAACUCCAAAACCAUCCCAAUAUUGUUAAGCUCAAAGAAAGUAUUACCUAUCAAUAUUUAGUUUUCCUUGAUAACGAUACCCUUUGUUUAGUGUUUGAAUUUGUAGAAAAAAGUAUUUAUCAAAUGUACACUCAAUAAAAAGAAAUGGUACAAUUCAUCCCCCUAUUUUAGGGCAAAACUAUUUCCUAGGAUCAAAUCAAAUCUAUCAUCUACCAAGUUGCCAAUGGUCUAAGCUACAUGCAUAAACAUGGAUAUUUUCAUCGAGAUCUUAAGCCAGAGAAUAUGCUCCUCACCAACGAUGGAGUAGUUAAAAUUAUUGAUCUCGGGUGUGCAAGGGAAAUAAGAUCUAGACCUCCCUAUACGGAUUACAUUGCCACUAGAUGGUAUCGAGUACAAUUUGAAUCCAAAUUAAUAGGCUCCAGAAAUUCUAUUGAAGCAAGCCAAUUACAAUAGUCCCGUCGACAUUUUCGCAUUGGGUUGCAUAAUGGCUGAACUAUUUUUGAAUCGACCUUUAUUCCAAGGCAAUUCAGAAUUAGAAUAAUUCAAUAAAAUUCUCUCGACUCUUGGGUACAUAGUUAUAUAUAUAUCCACAGCACAUUUACUCAAUAAGAAUGGCCAGAAGGAACUAGAUUGGUAUCCCAAAUGGGCUUAGCUCUUGCUUAAUUUCAACCAUUACAAUUAUAAUAGAUGAUACCAAAUGCAAGCACCGAGGCCAUAAAUUUGUUAGCUUAAAUGAUUAGAUGGGAUCCAAAUAAGAGGAUUACUGCUGCCUAAAUGUUGACCCAUCCCUUUUUUUAUAACAUUGAAAAGAUAGCUCCCACUUUGAUUUUCGAAGAAUAAAGCAAAUCAAAGGAUGACCCAAAACCUUUUGAGUCCAAACACAAGGCCAAAUCGUAAAAUUAAAAGGAGGAAAUUCAAACUUAAUUUAAGCCCAAACAAUAAUAUUUAUAAUAAAUCAAAGAUGAUGAUAGCAAUGAUCUGGAUGACAUCCUAGAUUUCAUUACUACAGAAAACAAACCCAUGCCAUCCAAAUUAACCACCUAAAGUGCAAAGACACUCGACUUUAGUGAAUUUAUCCCCACCUAACCUCCUAAUAAAUAAUUCAAAAAUCUAUAAUCCAGUUAAUUACAGGAAUAAAAUAAGAAGGAAAAUAAUUCUAUUUACGAUUUUAGUCAUCUACAAAGUUUUAAGCCCAACAAACAACCAAAUUUAAAUUCUAAAUAUUGA